AAAAUCUCUUUAGGUCUUGGAUGGAGCCCCCUGUGUAGCCGUCGGGAGGAAAUAUGGGAUGUAUAAAAUCAAAAAGGAAAGACAAUCUGAAUGACGAUGGGAUAGAUUUGAAGAGCCAACCAGUACGUAAUACUGACCGAACUAUUUAUGUGAGAGAUCCAACGUCCAAUAAACAGCAAAGGCCAGUUCUCUGUCCAGACUCGCACCUUCUCCCAGGCCAGAGGUUCCAAAGCAAAGAUCCAGAGGAGCAAGGGGUCAUUGUAGUUGCCUUGUAUCCCUACGAUGGCAUUCACCAAGAUGACUUAUCUUUCAAGAAAGGAGAAAAAUUGAAAGUCCUCGAGGAGCAUGGAGAAUGGUGGAAGGCUAAAUCUCUCUCAACAAAAAGAGAAGGCUUCAUUCCAAGCAACUACGUAGCUAAAGUAAACACCUUGGAAACCGAAGAGUGGUUCUUCAAGGAUAUAACCAGGAAAGAUGCAGAGAGACAGCUUCUAGCUCCAGGAAACAGCGCUGGAGCAUUUCUUAUCAGAGAAAGUGAAACACAAAAAGGCAGUUUCUCUCUGUCUGUCAGAGAUUUUGACCCCCAGCAAGGUGAUGUUAUUAAGCACUACAAAAUUAGAAGUCUGGACAAUGGUGGUUAUUAUAUCUCUCCAAGAAUUACUUUCACCUGUAUCAGCGACAUGAUCAAGCAUUACCAGAAGCAGUCAGAUGGCUUAUGCCGGCGGCUUGAAAAGGUGUGUAUCAGUCCCAAACCACAAAAACCGUGGGAUAAAGAUGCCUGGGAGAUUGCCCGUGAAUCCAUUAAGCUAGUGAAGAAGCUUGGAGCUGGACAGUUUGGAGAAGUCUGGAUGGGUUACUACAACAAUUCUACCAAAGUGGCCGUGAAAACCCUGAAGCCCGGCACCAUGUCUGUUCAGGCUUUUCUGGAGGAAGCCAACCUCAUGAAGACCCUUCAGCACGACAAGUUGGUCCGGCUGUACGCUGUGGUGACCAAAGAAGAGCCCAUUUACAUCAUCACGGAAUACAUGGCCAAAGGCAGCCUGUUGGAUUUUCUCAAGAGUGACGAAGGUGGCAAGGUUCUUCUGCCUAAGCUAAUCGACUUCUCUGCCCAGAUCGCGGAGGGAAUGGCUUAUAUCGAGAGGAAGAACUACAUUCACCGGGACCUGAGGGCGGCCAACGUUUUGGUGUCGGAGUCGCUGAAGUGCAAAAUAGCAGAUUUUGGCCUCGCUCGAAUCAUCGAGGAUAAUGAAUACACGGCGAGAGAAGGCGCAAAGUUCCCCAUUAAGUGGACGGCCCCAGAGGCCAUCAACUUCGGAUCCUUCACCAUCAAGUCUGACGUCUGGUCCUUUGGAAUUCUCCUGUAUGAGAUUGUAACCUACGGGAAAAUCCCCUACCCAGGGAGGACCAAUGCUGACGUGAUGACGGCGCUGCAGCAGGGCUACCGGAUGCCGCGCAUGGAGAACUGUCCAGAUGAGCUCUAUGACAUCAUGAAAAUGUGCUGGAAGGAGAAAGCCGAAGAGAGGCCAACAUUUGAUUAUUUACAGAGCGUGCUGGAUGACUUCUACACGGCAACAGAGGGGCAGUAUCAACAACAGCCUUAGAACAGAGACCUUUUUUUUCCUCCCCCAUCCCCCUUGGCACAGACAGACACUGCAAAAAAAAAACCAAUGAAAAUGAAAAAAUUCCUGGUCAGACUAGUUAGCUGGCUGGGAGUCAGAGGCGGGAUCCUGAAAGUAAGUUCAGGAAGACACUCCUCUCCGCAGCAAGGCAGCCAUGGUUAUCCGCUGAUAAAUGCGGAGGAGGAUAGAGUAGCUGAAGGCGAAAAUGGCUCUUUGUGGUACAUAUAUCUGCCAGUGGCCCCGAAUGUCCCAAAUGACACGAGGACCGCCAAACCGGCACAUGGGGGGUACACGAAAGAGUCAUCAGGGGAGACGACAGACCCACUUUUUGCAUUUCUUUAGCCCCUUUGAAAUCCCAGUGGUCUCACGGGUGAGGUGUUCGUUUGCAAUCCGUUGCCGUUAAAUAACUGUUCUGAUACAGGGAGAGCAUGCCCUCGGAGACCACGAUUCAGCAUCUUUCUUUUUUUUUUUUUAAAUAUCCCUGCAAAGGGUCCAGUCAACAGUUGUUACAUCCCAAAACUUGUCGUGGCCAAACCUCCAGGUAAACAGCAAAACCGUGGUGUCCGAAAAGCCAGCAUUCUCCUUUUACAGGUGACGAGUGCCUGGAAGGGAUGGAAAAAAAGUCAUUUCCAACCACUUUUCCCGUGAUUGAAAAGCGUACGAUAAGACUGUGGCCUUAGAGCGGUAGGAUUCGGAUCCCUCCAAAAAUGGGCUUUAGAAACUGGACUGUGCAGGUAGACAAUCAAAAAUAGUAAAAUUGCAAGAGCGCUUGAUGAAAUGCUUCCCAAUCUCCGUGAUUGCCAACUCCCAACAAUGGGCGUGCGGUGAUAAUGCAACUUCGGAACAAGAACCGUGAAGGUGCGACUCCAAGAUUUGCAAUCCAAGACGUUUCUUUAAGUGUGAGGCCCGUAGAUGGUUAUUUAUAAGUGUAUGAGAGGCAAAGGCAGCAACCAAGACUCUUUUCGUGCUACAAGCUUUCUUCUAUUGCUGUUUGAGUACGCUCUGAAGAAUCAGGGCUUUAUUUACUAAACCAUAGUGAGGUAUCUCUGAAUGAAAGAAUGGCAUUUGCCUAAAUCUGUAAAUACCUAACAUUUCUACUGUUUGAUUAUUUUUUAUUUUAAUAAAUACACUUUUGGAA